CUCGGAUCAAGUUGCUCAGCACAUCGCGACCUCCUCGACGACGCCUUGUCGGCCGCCGCCAAGAUGUCGAACACACAACCCACCCAGACCUACCAAUGGCCCAGCAAGACCAUCAAAACCGACUACCCACUCAUCGACAAUGACCCACAUUUCAAGCGUGUGAUCCGGUACGCCCGGCCGUCCGACUAUGUGCACGGCACCGUUGCCGCCGCCGCGGGUCCCGGCCUGCUCUACGCCAUGGAGAAGUUCGCCCCGUCGCAGGUUGGCAAGGGCGGCUUUGCCCAGGCGAUGAGACUUGCUGGCUUUAUUGGCUUUGCAGGCGGCUUUCUCUACUUCUACCAGCGCUCCAUCCUGCGCUUCUACGGCAUGAGCGAGAACGCCCGCGAGGUGGAGAUGGACAUGCGCGAGAUGGUCGACCGCGUCAAGGCCGGCCUGCCGCUCUACGGCGAGAGCCGGCUGACGCCCGCCAUGCAAGGUGUCGCCGCGCGCCAGUCGCGGUACUCGGCGCUCUUCAUCGGCGUCCUCCCCUGGUUCAACUUCGUCAACCACAACCAGCACGGCGUUGACACGGCCAAGUACUACCAGCAAGCCGAGAGGGAGCUGGAGGCUGAGCGCCUGGCCAAGGGGGGCUCGUCAUGAGUUGGUGGAAGGGGAGGAUGAUGGAGGUGUGUUUGCUGGUAGGAAGCGUGGAGGAUGCAUGGAGUGGCACCAGGUCCCUUGUCAGGUCGGGCGCCGGGUGUACAUACGACAUUUAGACGAGGGCCUACGCGGUCCUGAGUCAAAAGACCUUUUCUUUGCGUCAACAGCUCAUCUAAGAUUUCGGCUGGUUUCAUUUGCCCAAGUACUGGCAUUCACUCAAGCGUGCCUAAGAAAGCCCUCCACAACUUUUCGCACGCUUGAAGCUUUCCUCUUCAGCUAACUUAAGCAUGCUAGCCCUGAGAUUACGUCCUCUAAACAUUGAGA